UCCCGCAAGCGCCUGCCUGCUUUGGUUGGGAUCGCCCGGGCGCUGCGUUAGCCGCGGCUGUCCAGACUGACGCUGCUUGGCUGCUGCCCGGCUCGCUGCGGAUUUUCCACCCAGGGCAUAACCUUCAGUAGAAGGACAAAUCAUCACAGCCAGUGAGCUGCCAAGUGCUGCCCCCACCUUGUCAAAGAGAGCAGCUGGACCCAUUUUUAAUCAGCACCUCCCAGCACAAACCUCUGGGUCACAGAAGGAGAACAGGCCAGAGUUUGAAACUUUCCAAAGACAUUUAACACACAUCGGAUGCAAAAGGCCACUUAGGUUGUCUUUGUAUGAAUCUGGUUGAUUUGAGAAACAAAUUAAAAGGGUGUGACUUUCACUGACAACUUCAUAUGGACAUACUCUACAUUUCAACCAUAUUGUAGAUGAUGGUUAUCGGAAGAGCCCAAGCAUUUACCACAGAGCAAGAGAUAUAGCUUGAGAGGUUAUCAGACAAUCCCAGAACCAAAGAAUGGAUGACUACAGGUAUCGGGAUAACUAUGAGGGCUAUGCCCCCAGUGAUGGUUACUACCGGGGCAAUGAGUCAAACCCAGAAGAAGAUGCACAGAGCGAUGUUACAGAAGGCCAUGAUGAGGAAGAUGAGAUCUAUGAGGGCGAGUACCAGGGCAUCCCUCAUCCGGAUGAUGUCAAGUCCAAGCAGACUAAGAUGGCAUCCUCCAGAGCUGAUGGUCUUCGGGGCCAGGCAGACAUGAUGGCUGAGAGGAUGGAAGAUGAGGAGCAGUUGGCCCACCAAUAUGAGACCAUCAUUGAUGAGUGUGGCCAUGGGCGUUUCCAGUGGACCCUCUUUUUUGUCUUGGGUUUGGCCUUGAUGGCUGAUGGAGUGGAAGUGUUCGUGGUGAGCUUUGCCCUGCCCAGUGCAGAGAAAGACAUGUGUCUGUCCAGUUCCAAGAAAGGAAUGCUUGGGCUGAUAGUCUACCUAGGAAUGAUGGCAGGAGCCUUCAUCCUGGGUGGUCUGGCCGAUAAGCUGGGAAGGAAGAGAGUCCUGAGCAUGUCCUUGGCCAUCAACGCCUCCUUCGCCUCCCUCUCCUCCUUCGUGCAGGGAUAUGGAGCGUUCCUCUUCUGCAGACUCAUCUCAGGCAUAGGUAUUGGGGGCUCUCUGCCAAUUGUUUUUGCCUACUUUUCCGAGUUCUUAUCACGGGAGAAACGAGGUGAACACCUUAGCUGGCUGGGCAUCUUCUGGAUGACUGGGGGCAUCUAUGCAUCUGCCAUGGCCUGGAGCAUCAUUCCACACUACGGCUGGGGCUUCAGCAUGGGGACCAAUUACCACUUCCACAGCUGGAGAGUGUUUGUCAUCGUCUGCGCCCUGCCCUGCACGGUGUCCAUGGUGGCACUGAAGUUCAUGCCAGAGAGCCCCAGGUUCCUGCUGGAGAUGGGCAAACAUGAUGAAGCCUGGAUGAUUCUCAAGCAAGUCCAUGACACCAACAUGAGGGCUAAGGGGACCCCUGAGAAGGUGUUCACGGUUUCCCACAUCAAAACACCCAAGCAAAUGGACGAAUUCAUUGAGAUCCAGAGUUCAACUGGAACUUGGUAUCAGCGCUGGCUGGUCAGGUUCAUGACCAUUUUCAAACAGGUCUGGGAUAACGCCCUGUACUGUGUGAUGGGGCCCUACAGAAUGAACACCCUGAUUCUGGCUGUGGUCUGGUUCACCAUGGCGUUAAGUUACUAUGGCCUGACUGUUUGGUUUCCUGAUAUGAUCCGGUAUUUCCAGGAUGAAGAAUAUAAGUCUAAAAUGAAGGUAUUCUUCGGUGAGCAUGUGCAUGGUGCCACAAUAAACUUCACGAUGGAAAACCAGAUCCACCAACAUGGGAAGCUUGUGAAUGAUAAGUUCAUAAAGAUGUAUUUCAAACAUGUCCUCUUUGAGGACACAUUCUUUGACAAAUGCUAUUUUGAAGAUGUGACAUCCACAGACACCUAUUUCAAGAACUGCACCAUUGAGUCAACCACCUUCUACAACACAGACCUCUACAAGCACAAGUUCAUUGACUGUCGGUUUAUCAACUCUACCUUCCUGGAGCAGAAAGAGGGAUGCCACAUGGACUUUGAGGAGGACAAUGAUUUUCUGAUUUACCUGGUCAGCUUCCUCGGCAGCCUGUCUGUCUUGCCUGGGAACAUAAUUUCUGCCCUGCUCAUGGACAGAGUCGGAAGACUCAAGAUGAUUGGCGGCUCCAUGCUCAUCUCGGCAGUCUGCUGCUUCUUCCUGUUUUUUGGCAACAGCGAGUCUGCGAUGAUCGGCUGGCAAUGCCUGUUCUGUGGGACCAGCAUCGCAGCCUGGAAUGGGCUGGACGUGAUCACAGUGGAGCUGUAUCCCACCAACCAGAGGGCCACAGCCUUUGGCAUCCUCAAUGGAUUGUGCAAAUUUGGCGCCAUCCUGGGAAACACUAUCUUUGCUUCUUUUGUUGGGAUAACCAAAGUGGUCCCCAUCCUUCUGGCUGCUGCGUCUCUGGUUGGAGGUGGCCUGAUUGCCCUUCGACUGCCAGAGACCCGGGAGCAGGUCCUGAUGUGAACAACCCAUGGAGAGAAAGAUGGGAAGAUCUUCUCCAGGACACUCCAGCACAGCCAUGCCUCCCACCUCUUACUGUCCAUGGGACACCGUGGACAGCACAGGAGGAGAAAUGGACUUUUGUGAUCACUAGUUUAGGACCCACUUCAGUUGUCAAUACAUUUGUAACUCAGGUGAUUGACUGGGGGUGCCUUGAGCCACCCUUCGGAUCCCAGAGCUGUGUGCUUAGCUUCAGGUCUCUCCAUCCAAGGCAAGGAGGGCCAGGACCUUCCAGUAAACACAUACAGUGAGCAAGGAGUAUGUGUUUCUCUAAAUGAGGUGCAAGGAAUCAUUUGCAUUUCAGACUGAAGUUGAGGACAAGAAACACUUAAGCUCCUCCGUGGAGCUCCUGGGAGUCCGGUGAUUUAGCAAAUUGCCUUGGUUGGGAGUUGGGGUCAUCACAUGAAUACUGGGCUAGGAGAACAGGAUAUACAUUUGCACUUGAAAGUAUCACCUAUCGUAUUUUCCAUUUGAAAAUUGGCACAGUAGUAUUGGAGAUAUUCUGACAUAGGAAAGCCAAAUAUUUAAGCAAAUUCUGUAUGGACUGACUUUUCUUCCCAAGCAUCCUCAACUUUGAACGAUGAAGGGCGAUGCAUUAAGAAUGAUAUUUAUUAUGAUUUUGCUCUAGUCAGAGAUGCCUAAGGAUGGGUAUUCUGUAAACUAAGUUUGUAUAUAACAGUUUUGAGAUUUUAUUUCCACAAAUGGUUGCUGCUAAUAUUGCCAGCGUUUUAGCCACAUUUGGGGAGGAUUCGCCAUUCAAGGUCCCAGGAAACUUGGUGCAACCAGAUGACAUUUGAGCACAAUUUCAAUACAGCCAUCUAGCUACUGUUGAGAGAAUGCACUAAGCAAGCUGUGAGCAGUUUCCUUCACCUUGGAACUUUUCAAUUUAGUGAGGCAGAUACUUUUCUCUCCUAUUUGGGUCACUUGUGAAGCUCAAAUCCAUGGGCCAUUUGACUCAGCCGUUUACCUAGAAGCAACUGACGAAGUGUUCUAUG